AUGGGAGACCACAGGCCAGCGCCUGAAGCUUGCGGUGAAGCUUUGUGCGGAGCUCUUCGCUUGGGAGCUGGCCACUUGCAGCAGCACAGUCAUGCCGUGAGCACUCGAGAGGGUGCCAACCGAACGGGGCUCAUUCUCCCCAUGCCUCCUUCCGCGACCGUGAGCUCUAUAUCACGCGUAAGCUGCAGUUCAGUCAGGCUGUACAGCUUUGCCGCUUUGCGACGAAUUUGCACGAAUGCCGAGCCUGGUACUUGCAAGAAUGUUUUUUUUGGGCUGCCAGAGAUGGAAGGUGCUCACCAACACGACGAAGGAGGCAGAGGAAGCACGGCCACGCAGCCUACACACAGGGAGCUCGCUCCCGAGCAUGCUGCGGGGAAAGUCCCCGUGCCUUUGGGCAGAGAGUGUCAAUGGGAGACCACAGGCCAGCGCCUGAAGCUUGCGGUGAAGCUUUGUGCGGAGCUCUUCGCUUGGGAGCUGGCCACUUGCAGCAGCACAGUCAUGCCGUGA